AUGCCGGGCAGGACGAGCCAUACCCCAACUAUUUAUUACGAUGUGCCCGUCGCCAUCAUACCCCUUGUCAGUUCGAUACUGUUACUUAUAAGGCUUUAUCGUUGGCAACAAUCUCAGUACUACCAAUUCCUCAACCUCAUCGAUAGCACCAUGGAGGGAACAUUAUCGCGAGUUUCAAACAAGCUUCAAAGCUCCGCUACUUUCAGCAAGUUUAACGAGCUCCCCCCAGAACUACGGAUCAAAAUAUGGCAGCAUGCUAUGCCUGAUCCUAGGACGGUCGUUGUCAAGUCUCCAUACACGGGACAGAAGCAGACUCCUAGAUCAUUAGAAGAAGCUAUAUUAGAUUCAUAUAGCCAGGGGGAAACAUGGCAUUCAACAACACAGAUCCCCGCCCUCUUACAUGUCAAUGCCGAGGCCAGACACGAAGCUCUUAAGCAUUACAAGCUUUCACUUGGCGUAGGCAACAUACAGCCGAGAGUCUACGUUGAUUUCAACCGGGAUACCUUAUUCUUUGGUAACUCGGAGCUGAAGCCGGAAUGCUCAUCAUUGUGGGCUUCUACGCAAGGAUUAGAUCAAGCACAACGUCUUGCAGUUGUCCCCGAGGGCGCAUGGCGAGUGCUACGGUGGAAGAAGGUCGAUUUGAAUUCGCUGGAGCGGAUAAUAUUUGUACACGACACAGAGAAGCUCGAGUUAGGCUCUCUCCCCCAGCUAAUAGAAGACGAACCACAAGAUAUCGAAGCGGAGUUGCUUGAGGGACAGUUACAACGUCUAGAGGAGUUGCAGUUACAGCAGGAGUCGCAAGAGAACGGCACGUUGGAUCCCAUGAAGAAGCGGAUGCAGGCAGCCCGUGAGGAGAUCGAUACGCUAAUGAUGGUACUACCAGCGCAAUGGGAGAAGGAACCAGCAUUGUCGACGGCGGUGUUUAGGAAAAGCCGCGGGGAUAGAUGGGCUUGUUGA